GCACAAGCACAGGCACAAACACAAACACAAACACAAGUCAGUUAGUAGUUGUUCAAUUAUUACCGGAAAUAGCCGGUGGUCGUCCGGUUCCCUUCGAAACCCUAUGCACUCAAGGCUCAGCCCACUCUGAUCCACUCAACUCAACUCAACUCAACUCAACCAUUGUUGUGUGGAGUGUGUGUGUGUGAGAGAGUGAGAGUGUGUGUAUCUAUCUCAAUUCUCAAUUGAAUUGAAUGAGCACCACAGGCCCCAAUCCUUCUCUCAAUCAAUUCAACGUAUCUCUUGCUUAAGUCUCUAUCUGCUAUACUUUUGCAGCUCAGACUAACAUCAUCAUAGCAUCUCAUUUCAUCACUCCAUCUCUUUCAAUUUCUCUCUCCUAUUUCUAUUAUUCUCUUCCUCUUUAAUAUACCCAUCUUCUUCUUCUUCUUCUUCUUCACCUUCUUUCUCUCUUUCUUUCUUUCAGUACUUUCUCUUGGGUCUUUCUUUCUCUCUGUAAAUCUAUGGCGGAGGGUUUUGAACCCUACCAUGUCCCACAACAAAGCAGAAGAGAUAAACUCAGAGUCAUAGCUCAGAACCAUCACCAAGGUGGUGUUGUGGAGCACUCCACCGCCAACCUCCAAGGCUUACUCCCUCUCUACGAUCCCUCUCUUCUUUCCUCCGAUUUGCUAACGUGCACCACUACCAACACCAACACCCACGAGUUUCACCAUCACCACCACCAUAACCAGAACCCCCAACUCACUGAACCUGGUUGCAAAGGCAGCGCUGUCAAGGAAGAAAGUGUCAAUCUGAUGGGGUUUGUAGGUGGAAUUAUGAACGGUGCUUCUUCUUCUUCCUCGGCUUACUUGGAUCCCAACCACUCUAUGCCUCUAAAUCCAAACUCUAUCCAAGACAUGAACAGUAACUCUUUUCUUUUUUCCCCUCAAAAUCUUCAAAACAUGCGAGAUUUCGAUCAGAGCUAUAAUAAUGGAAGUGAAGUGGUGGUGUUCAAGCCAGAACCACUCUCUCUAUCUCUCUCCUCUCACCACCAACCUACUCACCACCAAACCAAUCUUCCGCUCGAGCUUAAUCUUCAACGAUACGGGUCUAGUAGUGGAGCUGGGUAUGUGAUUCCAGGCAUUGUUAAUGGCAGUGCCUCGGCCUCAAACGAAGUGUCGCGUAGCUCCGUCCCUCUUGGGCCGUUUACUGGGUACGCUUCAAUUCUCAAAGGAUCGAGAUUUUUGAAGCCUGCACAGCUGUUGCUCGAGGAAUUCUGUGAGGUCGCGGGUCCUGGAAUUUACGCUGAGAAAGUAACAGCUGAUUCAGCUCUCAUGGAUUCUCCCAUGGAGAGUUUGAGUGCAAGUGGAAUUUUAGACGAUCGAGAUCCACUCAGUUGUGAAGAUGGGGCCGAGAUUCGGAGUAAGAAAUCAAGGCUCAUUUCGAUGCUCAACGAGGUUUACAGGAGGUACAGACAAUACUAUCAACAGAUGCAGACGGUAGUAACAUCAUUUGAGUGUGUUGCCGGGCUUGGAAAUGCAGCCCCUUAUGCCAAUUUGGCUAUAAAAGCCAUGUCUAAGCAUUUCAGGUGCUUGAAGAAUGCGAUUACUGACCAGCUUCAGUUCAACUACAAGGCCCAUGCAACCCUUGGGAAUGAUGAAGCUCCAAGGCUUGGAAGCGCUGACAGAGGCCUAUAUUGCCAGAGACCAGUUCACAGUUCAGGAUUUCUUGAGCACCAACCUGUUUGGCGACCCCAAAGGGGGCUUCCUGAACGCGCUGUGACUGUUCUCAGAGCAUGGUUGUUUGAACACUUUUUGCAUCCUUAUCCUACUGAUACGGACAAGCUAAUGUUGGCGAAACAAACUGGUCUAUCGCGAAGCCAGGUUUCGAAUUGGUUUAUAAAUGCAAGAGUAAGGCUUUGGAAGCCCAUGGUGGAAGAAAUACACACGCUGGAAACACGACAAGCCCAAAAAGCUUCGCAAAGGGAUGAACGAAGUGCCAACAGAUCAAGUGAUCAGCUAACCUCAGCAAACUCACUUGUAUCUGACAACCCAUCCACCUCUACCCAGAGGGCUCAAGACACCCCAUCAAAACGCACUAGAAAUGAACUUCCUGAUAUACCUGUGGGGAAUGAGGAACCGCGGAACUUAUCGUACAACAACUUCUUAAGUCAUCCUCAUCAUAUGGGUGUUGGUGUGAGCGUGGCAGGUGGAAAUAGCGGUGUGUCUUUAACAUUGGGUCUUCAUCAGAAUAAUGGGAUAGGUAUGUCAGAGCCCUUUCCCAUAAAUGCAGUUCAACGAUUCGGUCUCGGCCUUGAGACAAAUGGUGAGGGUUAUGUUAUAGGGGGUUUUGAAUCACAUAAUCGGCAUUUUGAGAGGGAUGUCAUGGGAGGGCAACUUUUGCAUGAUUUUGUGGGUUGAAUUGAAGAUGUUCAGUUUAACUGGGUAGCUGGGAAUUAUUUAAUUUAAUAUUAUACUGACAAUUUCUCAGUUAGAAUGUGCCUUUUAUCAACUCCCAGAAUCCAAGCUGACAAGAUUAGCCAAAUGGGUUUGCCUUUUAUGUUGUAAGAGGUAUGUUACGUCAUUGCGUUGUACACAAUCUCUCUUAAAAACCCACGACUUAAAUUAUUGGUGAAAAAUUCUUGUGUAAAUCUAUAUGAUAAGAAUUGAUAUCAAGGCAUUAGGUCAAUCAAGUCUGGGUUAGACUA